GCUGAGUCAAUUAAUUCACAGCCUAUGUGCUCAGUCAAUUCAGUCAGGCCAUAUAUCAGCUUUGAUUCCUCCGCGGCUCGUUGUCUGGAGUCAUUGAGAAGCAGCUAGCACUAUAAAGUCUGGCUCAGAGCUUUUGGGUCUUUCCUCCAUGCCACCACAGCGAGCGCUUCCCGAUAAUCAAGAUGGAUUCAGACGUCCAGCCAAAUGUCCUCUAUGACAUCCUCAGACGGAUCUCAAUCAAGUCGAUACUCAAGCUAGCUUCUGGGCUUCGACCUCAGGCCUUGUACAAGAUCUUGCAUGACUUCCUCCUCCAUGUCUCAUUUCGACCUCUGGCAAGAGCAAAGCCAAAGAAUCUCUUUCAACUACUUCAAAAAGCUGCUGCAGGCACAGCAGGAAACGGGAUCUCGAUAUACUCUCCGGGUGGAAUCGCUCAAGUUGGUCUGAGACUCUCCUAUGUCGACUUGCUCACUUCAUCGAGCCUCAAGGCUGGGCUUCUAAGCCAGAUCGAUGGCAUCAAAGACGACUCAGUUGUCCUCCUGCACUUCGACAACCACCGAGAUGGUAUUGAAUGGUUCUGGGCUGUUAGUAUCGCUGGUUACAUCCCUGCCAUCUCGACUCCUUUCACGCACGACGUCGAAGCUCGCAAGAAACAUCUCAUUCAUCUCCAGACCGUCUUGAAGAAUCCGAUCAUCCUCACAUCGGAGCAUCUAGUGCCUGAAUUUCUCGACCUAGAGUGUCUCAGUAUACGUACCAUUGAAAGCAUACAGGCUGGCAAAAACGAAGGAAUUGUCCCAAUUCUCAACCGCGGGCUGUUGAAAAAGGGGGAUGAUAUUGCGGCUCUUAUGCUCACAUCCGGCAGUACUGGCCACGCGAAGGCGGUUACACUGCGACACAAUCAGAUGCUCACAUCGGUUUCUGGAAAAUCGAUUCAUCAUAGCACGACUCCUAAGGACAAGUUCUUGAAUUGGAUUGGUCUCGAUCACGUGGCUAACCUAACGGAAACCCAUCUUCAUUCCAUGAAUCUUGCGGCUGAGCAAGUCCAUGUUCAAGCUUCAGAUCUACUCGUUGAUCCAUUAAGAUUCCUAAUUUUCAUUGCUCGUCAUCGAAUCACGCAUACUUUUGCUCCAAACUUCUUUUUAGCAAGUCUGAGAACUGCUUUGGAAAAACCUGAGCCAUUUGCUGGUGAUAUCCUAGAUCUGUCUUGUUUACGAGUAUUGAUCUCUGGAGGCGAACAAUGCGUAGUUGAGACUUGUCAAGCACUGACUUCGCUACUGCACAAGUAUGGAGUUCAUGGUGAAGUCAUUAGGCCUGGGUUUGGAAUGACAGAAACUUGUGCUGGGUCUAUUUACAAUAGGAACUGUCCAUCCUACGAUAUCUCGAAUCAAAGCGAAUUUGCCUCGCUUGGAUCUUGCGUGCCAGGCAUCAGCAUGCGGGUCACAAGUGACUCGGGAGAAGUCGUGGCGAAGAAUGAGAUUGGCAAUCUUGAGGUAUCUGGGCCAAUUGUGUUCGAGGAGUACUUCAACAAUUCAAAAGCAACUGCUGAAUCGUUUACACAAGACGGGUGGUUCGUAACAGGAGAUCGAGCACUGAUUGAUGCAACUGGUAGACUUCAAAUGACUGGAAGAGCAAAGGAGAAUAUCAUCAUCAACGGAGUGAAGUACUUCCCCCAUGAAGUUGAGACUGCUCUCGAGGAAGCACGAAUCGAUGGUGUCACACCAUCAUACACGGCCGUCUUUCCUCAUAGACCUAAGAGUUCUCAAACUGAAGUCCUCUGCGUCGUCUACCUACCAAGCUAUGAUGCGGAUGAUGUUCUUGCUCGAGUCAAGGCAACUGAUGCCAUCUCAACCAUUUGCACAAUGCAAUGUGGUGUUCGACCGUACGACAUUAUUCCUUUGACGGCUGUCCACUUACCUAAAUCGUCUCUUGGCAAGCUCUCUCGAGCCAAGAUAAGGACUGCAUUCGAGACUGGCGUCUUUGCUGAAUUCAAAACCAACAACGAUACCCUGCUACAAGAAUAUCGAGCAUCCCAACGUCAAGCUCCAACCAACGGCACCGAAGCGAGCAUCUUGAAAGUCUUUUCCGAGACCUUCGACAUCCCAGAAGAGGAUAUCGGGAUCAACACUUCUCUUUUUGAAAUGGGUGUCAGUAGCAUCGAGAUCAUCCGUCUCAAAACUCGCAUCGAGUCCGAACUCUCCCUUCCAAACGAAAUACCCAUCAUAACAAUAAUGACCAACCCCACGAUCUCAGCUCUCUCACUCGCUCUCCUCGAACUCUCCAACCCAAAAGAAUACAACCCCAUCGUGACCCUCCAAUCCGGAGGAUCCAAAACACCUCUUUUCCUCGUCCACCCUGGUGUGGGAGAAGUGCUCGUUUUCCUCAACCUCGCAAAAUACAUCGUUGACCGACCCAUAUAUGCUCUUCGAGCUCGAGGCUUCGACGCUGACGAGAAGCCAUUCACCUCCAUCCCCGAAAUCGUUAGCACGUAUCACACCGCAAUCAAAAGGGUACAACCUACCGGUCCGUACGCUAUUGCCGGCUACUCAUACGGCUCCAUGCUAGCUGUCGAAAUCGCCAAAGUCCUCGAAUCCGACAACGAGGAAGUAAAGUUCGUCGGCGUCUUCAACUUACCACCACACAUCAAAUUCCGCAUGCGCCAACUCGACCGGAUCUCCGUCCUUCUACACCUAGCCUACUUCCUCGACCUCAUGACCGAAGAACACGCUCACGCCAUCUCACCCGCUAUGCACUUGCUUUCCCCCGACGAAGUCUUAUCCCACGUCCUAGAACAAUCACCACAAGCCCGCUUGAGCGAAAUGGCUUUGGACACCGACAAGCUCCGCAAAUGGACAGACAUCUCCCAUGGCCUACACGUGAUAGCGCAUGACUACGACCCAUCAAGCAGUGUGUCCAAAAUGGACGUCUUCUACGCGAUUCCCCUCGCGGCAGUAGCUAAAGACAAGCAAGACUGGAUGGAAAACCAUCUGUCGAAAUGGGACGGGUUUGUGAACGAAGAAGUCAAGUUCCAUGAAGUCGACGGGGCUCAUUACACAAUGCUGGGUCCAGACAAUGUUCUGAGCUUCCAGAAGAAGUUGAGGGCCGUUUUGAGGGAGCGCGGCAUCUGAAGCAGGACGAGACCUCACUUAAAAUCUCCGUUUGCAGCCACACCCCCUCUAUCUUCAUAUUCCGGAGUU